AUGGCGAUUAUGACCGCCGGUUUGACUCCGGUUUUAGCUCCGUUUUAUUCUCCGGCAAGUGUUAACCGGAAGCCAAUCAAUUUCUACAAGCCGCCUCUCCUCUCGUAUAAGCAGAACCCUAUAUCGUCUCUACGGAGGUCGAGAACUGUUCGUGUGAUAGAGCUAGCUCCACCCAAGCAAAGGAAUCGAUCAUUUUCUGUUUUCGGGUCUCUCACUGAUGAUUCCGUGUUAAACCCAGAAGAAGAAUCAAAUGAUUCCUCAGAGGGAAAAGUUGCUUCUGUAGAUAUUAAACUACCGAGAAGAAGUUUGCUUGUGGAAUUCACUUGCAAUUCAUGCGGAGAAAGAACAAAACGGCUUAUCAAUCGCUUGGCCUAUGAACGUGGCCUUGUCUUUGUUCAGUGUGGAGGAUGUCUUCAGCAUCAUAAACUAGUUGACAAUCUUGGCCUCAUUGUUGAGUACGACUUCCGUGAAACCUCCAAGGAUUUGGGUACUGAACAAGUUUGA